UCUUGUUAUGACUGCAAGGUCCUGUUUCAAUCACUGGCGUCAGACGGACGCACGACACCAACUCAAACCUUUUCACCUUCUCCUGAACAACGUAAAUAUUGAUUGAAAAGCAAGGACGUGCCGAGCAACUAAUGGGAGUUUUAAUUUGAAAGUGCUUCACGGGACUUUAACAGUAUCCCUCGUCGUGUCACUUUGAGGGUCCGACGGAUUUUUUCGCUUUUACCACGACUGGGAUAUAAAACUUUUCCUCUUAUUAUAUUUUGUGGCUCGUAAAAUCGACCAGCCUAUGACCUUCACGUCCAACAAUAUUGCAACAUUUACCGGAUACAAGGUUAUUAGAUACAACUUUACGGUUUUAAGAAGUUCGACUUUUUCCCUUUUCUUUGAAUGCGUUGCAAAUAUGAUGAUGUCACCGACGCCACUUUUUCCUGAAGUUAUGGCGGAGCACAACUUUUCUAACUUCUCUUGACUACUCUUUUACACUUCAACACUGAGUCUGCACACCACCAAUAUCCUCCCAAAGAAACCAUUGAGUGCACUUGGCUUUACUAAUGGAGCACCUUCAAGGAGCGUGGAAGACCCUGAGCAACGGCUUCGGGAUGAAGGACUCGGCGUUUGAGGGCCCGUGCCUUUCCCCCACCAUGGUCCAGGGCUUUCCCUACCAGCGCCGCUCCUCGGACGACAGCAAGAUCCCAGACUCCAAGACUAGCAGCACUAUCCGUGUCUACCUCCCGAACCAGCAGCGCACCGUGGUAAACGUGCGACCAGGUAUGACUUUGUACAAUUGCCUGAUUAAAGCACUAAAGGUGCGAGGUCUGCAGCCUCAGUGCUGCGCUGUCUUCAGGCUGCAGCCAGGAGAGAGGAGUAAAAAAUUACGAAUGGAUUGGCACACCGAUUCCUCCUCCCUGAUUGGAGAAGAGCUACAGGUGGAGGUUUUAGAUCAUGUUCCAUUGACAACACAUAAUUUUGUUCGGAAAACAUAUCUGAAACUAGCGUUCUGUGACAUUUGCCAGAAGUUUCUGUUGAACGGUUUCCGCUGCCAAACAUGCGGCUACAAAUUCCAUGAGCAUUGCAGCACCAAAGUGCCCACGAUGUGUGUGGACUGGAGUAACAUCAGACAACUCCUGUUGUGUCCGACACCUGGCGACAGCAGCGGCCCGUCCCUGCCCUCGCUCACGUCCCGGCGAAUGAGAGAAUCCUUGACACGGUUUCCAAGCUCGGCCCACCGAUAUUCCACCCCUCAUGCCUUCAACUACACCGCGCCUUGCACGCCCGCAGGCGGCUGGCUCUCCCAGAGGCAGCGCUCCACCUCCACACCCAACGUCCACAUGGUUAGCACUACCCUGCCUGUAGACUGCAGCAUGAUUGAGCUAGACUGCCUGAAUACGUCCCCCAGCUCCUGGUGCCAUAGAUUCUGGCUGAAGAGGAAAGUAGGUAUUGUGCACUUCUCCCAGUCUUUUGUUGAGGCCUCAUCCGAGAGACCAGAAAAGGAUGCAAUGCGUGAUCAUGACUCGUCGGGUAGUUCCCCCAGCCAGAGCCCCACAGGCUGGUCCCAGCCUCCGUCCAAAGCCCCCGCCCCCAACCAGCGAGAGAGGGCACUGUCCUUCAACACUCAGGAGAAAAAUAAAAUUAGGCCUCGGGACAAGCGGGACUCUAGUUACUACUGGGAGAUCGAGGCCAGCGAGGUCUAUCUGAACAACCGCAUCGGUUCUGGCUCAUUUGGAACCGUGUACAAAGGGAAAUGGCAUGGUGAUGUAGCAGUGAAGAUAUUAAAGGUGACCAACCCAACACCGGAGCAGUUUCAGGCAUUCAGAAAUGAAGUGGCAGUCCUGAGGAAAACACGACAUGUCAACAUCCUGUUGUUCAUGGGCUACAUGACGAAGGACAACCUGGCCAUAGUGACCCAGUGGUGUGAGGGCAGCAGUCUCUACAAACACCUUCACGUCCUGGAGACCAACUUCAAGAUAAUCCAGCUCAUCGACAUCGCCAGGCAGACGGCUCAGGGCAUGGACUAUCUGCAUGCAAAGAACAUCAUUCAUCGUGACAUGAAGUCCAACAACAUCUUCUUGCAUGAAGGGCUCACGGUGAAAAUCGGGGACUUUGGUCUGGCCACAGUGAAGGCCAGAUGGAGCGGCUCGCAUCAGGUGGAGCAGCCCUCUGGGUCCAUUCUGUGGAUGGCUCCUGAGGUUAUCCGGAUGCAGGAUAACAACCCCUACAGCUUCCAGUCUGAUGUCUAUUCCUAUGGAAUUGUUCUCUUUGAGAUCCUGACGGGAGAGCUCCCUUACUCCCUGAUAGCAACAAGAGAUCAGAUUAUCUUCAUGGUGGGAAGAGGCUACCUGUCCCCAGACCUCAGUAAGCUCUACAAGAGCUGCCCCAAAGCCAUGAAAAGGUUGGUGGCCGACUGCAUCAAGAAGUCCAAGGACGAGAGGCCGCUCUUCCCACAGAUUUUGUCCUCCAUUGAGCUUCUCCAGCACGCCCUACCUAAGAUAAACCGCAGUGCCUCAGAACCGUCCCUGCACAGAGCCUCUCACACUGAGGAUAUCAAUGCCUGUACUCUGACCUCCACCAGACUGCCUGAUUUCUAGAGUUUCAGACAGCCCUGCUAUGCCUCCUCUCCUUACACUUACCCCUCCACCUUCUCUUUCAAAAUAUCCAGAACAGUCCAAAUGCUAAGUAUGCCCAAAUGCUAUACACACAGAUGCGAAUGUAAACCUACAAAUGUACAUACAAUCAUACAUAAACCCUGUCUAAUCAAUACAAUAUGUGAGUAAGAGAGGAGAAGGAAGUGGAUCUGAAUGAAGAUGGAUUGCAGUGGGAAGAACACAUGAAGAAGCUGGCUUAAGAUGGUGCCUUGAUUAUCGCUGCACGUAUUAAGAAGUAUGCAGAGGCUCCACGGUGACAAUUUGGUAACAUUUGUAAAUAAGUGCACGCACAGCUACCUAAGACGACGAUAAAUGGACACUGAAGGAAACGCAAGAGGAAGACAGAUGUUUCUCUCUGGAUUUGGGUUCUGUGAUGUGAAGCACAGCCUUCUGUCUGACCGCGCUGGUUUCUGAUGAAGAGGAAUUUAAAGCUAAGAUGCCUUAAGAGGAAACAAAGCCUGGACUAAGAUCCUGCACAAUUCACCUCCUCUUGUCAUCACAAAGCCGUUGGAGGUAGUCCAUUUAGUUGCACAAUAGUAGUUUAUUUUGCAUUGUCUUAAAGGAUAAUGGUGUAGAAAUGGGAAAUUGUUUUUCUUUUUUUAUUGUCUUUUUUGGGGGGGUCAUUUUGGAGAACUAUCAGCCUGUCGGACAGCGAGCAUGAGUGAUGACGGUAAAAUGGAAUUUGCACACACUAGCAAAAGCAAUGGUUAUUUCCUAACCGUAUACAUAUGGCUUCAUAGAUCUGUAGAUACACACACAUUCUUAUCAGUCCUCACAAUGGGAAGGUUAUCAUGAGCUGGACAUGUGGCGGUUGUCUUAAAUGUUUUAAAUGAUUGGAAACUAAUUAGUAUUUGUUGUCUUUUGAUGUCUCUUUCAGGAGGUUAAACGUUUUUUGUGUCCUUGGAUUCGAUAUUUUAAUAAAAUUAAGUUAAUUUCCUUUGCCAAAUA